AUGUCAGUAAAAGUGAACGCAUAUCAACCAGUCUCAUUGGGAACGACGAUCAUCGGAGUGAUCUAUGACGGCGGUGUUAUAUUAGGUGCGGAUAGUCGAACUUCAUCGGGAAGUUUAGUCUCAAACCGAUGCACCAACAAAGUCCGAAUGCUUUCUGACAAGAUCGGGUGCUGCACUGCUGGGGAUGCGGCUCACAGUGAGACAAUAGUCGAUUAUACUCGUCACUCUCUUCGAAUGUACACAUCUCAGACUGGUGAAGAGCCGUGCGUCCAAGCUGCUGCUACUAGUUACAAAAAUUUGGUGUAUUCUAACAAGUCCUUUUUAUCGUGCUCAGGUAUUAUAGGUGGGUAUGACGAUAUUAAAGGAGGGUCAAUAUAUCGUGUGUUGCAAAGUGGUGCUAUUGUACCCGGUGAGAUGUGCCUUGGAGGGAGUGGCUCUACAUACAUCUACGGAUUUUGUGACGCAAAUUUCAGGAAAAAUAUGACCCUCCAACAAGCGAAACAAUUUGUCAUCACUGCAAUCUCUCUCGCAAUUGCACGUGACGGGUCUUCUGGAGGAAAUAUCCAUACAGUUGUUAUUAAUAAAGAAAGCGUCACUUCGGAGUGGAUCACCGGAGAUAAAGUCCCUGCACCAGAAAUUUAA